ACUAGAGCUACAAACACUGCUACAUAAAAUUAGCAGCAGAGGAGUUGAGACAACUAACAAUCUGGAUUCUGAUCCUUUCCCGAUAAUCUCAUCUCUCCACAAACGCGCGCGCCACGCCCAAAAGGAGCCGCUCCUCACUUCACUCUGUGCUUCGACUCUCGUAAUGAGAUGCCAAUGGCGUCCACGCUUUGUAUAGCCACCCAAUUCGUUGGCCUAAAGAAUAAACUCGACGACUAUCUCUCUCACAGCACCAUCCCUCCAAGGUCUUAUCUGGGUCCAUCGAGUUUAUCAAGUGGUGCUCGGAAGUUUACCCUUGGGAGUCGUGGAAGGCAACUAGAACUUUACGGGACGUUCCAUUUUAGAGGGUUGUUGUCGAAAUGUGAAGCAACAGAGUUUGAUUCGGUACCCCAAGAGAACGGAGGAGAAGGUGUUGCCAUGGCCACCCUGGUUUGGAGGGCGAUUAAGUUGCCAAUUUACUCUGUUGCUUUGGUUCCUAUAAUGGUAGGCAGUGCAGCUGCAUAUUUUCAGUCUGGCAAAUUUUCCACUCGGCUUUUUUUUGUAAUCCUGGCUUCCUCAGUUCUUAUCAUCAGUUGGCUUAAUUUAAGCAAUGAUGCUUAUGAUUUUAGUACAGGAGCAGACAAGAACAAAAAAGAGUCGGUUGUAAAUCUGGUUGGCAGCCCUACAGGGACACUUGUUGCUGCCUACACUUUUCUUGCCCUUGGCUUCAUGGGGUUGACAUGGGCAUCUUUGGAGGCGGGGAACCUGCGUGCGAUAUUAUUUCUAGCCUUUUCAAUUGUUUGUGGCUACAUAUAUCAGUGUCCACCAUUCCGGUUAGGCUACCAAGGAUUGGGAGAGCCCUUAUGUUUUGCUGCUUUUGGCCCAUUUGCUACGACAGCGUUUUACUUAUUACAGAGUAACGCAAGGGAGAUGAGAUAUCUUCCAAUAUCCAGUACAAUUCUUUCUGCCUCCAUCCUUGUUGGAAUAACGACAACUUUAAUUCUCUUCUGCAGUCAUUUCCAUCAGGUCGAGGGAGAUAGGGCUGUUGGAAAAAUGUCCCCUUUGGUAAGGCUUGGCACAGAGAGAGGUAGCAAGGUGGUGAAGGCUGCAGUAAUUAUGCUUUAUGCCCUUCUAUUUGCUCUAGGUUUAAGCAAGAGUCUUCCAUUUAUUUGCACUUUCUUUUGUGGGCUUACCAUUCCAGUGGGCAAACUGGUAGUUAGCUUUGUUGAAGAAAACCACAAGGAUAAGCAGAAGAUUUUCAUGGCCAAGUAUUAUUGUGUGAGGUUACAUGCACUAUUUGGAGCUGCACUAGCUGCUGGAUUGGUUGUGGCCAGAAUGAUCUCUAUAAAUAAUAUGCCAAAGAUUACUUUCUUUUAAGCUUGUGUUUGGCUCAUAUAAGAUAGUUAGCUAUCUCUUACCAAAAUUCUGAGUUCAAAUCUUCACCCAAGUGUCUGUACUAAAAUAAAAUAGUUAUAGUUUAUAUCCAUUCGAUAAUAAUGGUUAGAAUCUAUUAUCCAAGUCUACAAUUAAAAAGAAAAA